GGCGGUGUGGAUGCUUGUUAGGAAAGAUGCUGAGUGCUUUUCCGUGAGGAGUCAGGGCUGGGUGUGUAAGAGAGAGGGAGGGAGAAAGAGAGGGAGGGGGAGAGAGAGAGAAGAGGGAAAGAGAAAAGACAGAGGGAGGGAAGGAGAGAGAGACAGAGAGACUUAGAGGUGCUGAAAACCCAGACAGAUCUGGGAGAGGACUGAGAACAGACCUGGAGCGCCCAGAGAACCUCUCGAGAUCUUUUGGGGGAGCCUAAUAAAUGUGAACAUGAGGUCUGUCACUGGAGCUGUCCUUAAGAUGCUACUUCUGUUAUCUACUCAAAAUUGGAACAGAGUCGAAGCUGGGAAUUCCUACGAUUGUGAUGAGCCUCUUGUGUCUGCCUUGCCUCCAGCGUCAUUCAGUAGUUCUUCGGAGCUUUCUAGCAGUCAUGGUCCAGGAUUUGCAAGGCUAAAUCGAAGAGAUGGAGCCGGUGGCUGGUCUCCACUUGUGUCAAACAAGUACCAGUGGUUGCAGAUUGACCUUGGAGAGAGAAUGGAGGUCACUGCCGUGGCCACCCAAGGGGGCUAUGGGAGCUCCAACUGGGUAACCAGCUACCUCCUGAUGUUCAGUGACAGUGGCAGGAACUGGAAGCAGUAUCAGCAAGAGGACAGCAUCUGGGGUUUUUCAGGAAAUGCAAAUGCAGACAGUGUUGUGUACUAUAGACUCCAGCCUUCUAUCAAAGCCAGAUUUCUACGCUUCAUCCCUGUAGAAUGGAACCCCAAGGGCAGAAUCGGAAUGCGCAUCGAGGUGUUUGGAUGUGCAUAUAGAUCAGAAGUGGUUGAUCUUGAUGGAAAAAGUUCCCUUCUCUACCGAUUUGAUCAAAAAUCCCUGAGCCCAGUAAAAGAUAUAAUUUCUUUGAAAUUUAAAACUGUGCAGAGUGAUGGGAUUCUACUCCACAGAGAAGGGCCAAGUGGAGAUCAUAUCACACUGCGAUUGAGAGGAGGAAAACUCUUUUUGCUUAUUAACUCAGGUGAAGCUAAGCUGACCUCCAUUCCUGUUCUGGUCAAUCUCACCCUGGGCAGCCUUCUAGAUGACCAGCAUUGGCAUUCUGUGCUCAUCCAGCGUUUGGGCAAACAAGUCAACUUUACAGUGGACGAGCACAGGCGUCAUUUCCACGCACAGGGAGAAUUCAAUUACCUGGACCUGGGUUAUGAGAUCAGCUUUGGAGGGAUUCCAGCACCUGGAAAAUCGGUGUCAUUCCCACAUAAAAAUUUUCAUGGAUGUUUAGAAAAUCUCUACUAUAAUGGAGUGGAUAUCAUUGAUUUGGCCAAGCAACAAAGCCCACAGAUCAUAGCUCUGGGAAACGUGUCAUUCUCUUGUUCACAACCGCAGUCUAUGCCCGUGACUUUUCUGAGCUCCAGGAGUUACUUAGCACUGCCAGGUUCUUUCGAAGAGGAUGAGGUUUCUGCCACUUUUCAAUUUCGAACUUGGAAUAAGGCAGGGCUUCUGCUAUUCAGUGAACUUCACCUGGUUUCAGGGGGUCUCCUCCUCAUUCUUAAUGAUGGAAAACUUAAGCUGAAUCUCUACCAGCCAGGAAAAUUACCCACUGACAUCACAGCAGGUGCUAGAUUAAAUGAUGGACAGUGGCAUUCUGUCUCUUUAUCUGCUAAAAGGAAUCACCUGAGUGUGGCAGUGGAUGGCCAUGUGACUUCUGCUGUUCCUUCUCUGGGACCUGAGCAGGUUUACUUCGGUGGCACCUAUUAUUUUGGAGGUUGUCCUGACAUAAGCUUUAGAUCCAAAUGUAAAAGCCCCGUGGGUGGAUUUCAGGGGUGUCUGAGACUCAUCUCCAUCGGUGACAGAGUGGUAGACCUCCUCUCAGUUCAGCAGGGGUCCCUCGGGAACUUCAGCGACCUGCAGAUAGACUCGUGUGGCAUCUCAGAUCGGUGUUUGCCCAACUACUGUGAACACGGCGGUCAAUGCUCUCAGUCCUGGAGCUCCUUUCACUGUGACUGUUCCAACACGGGUUACAAGGGCGCCACCUGCCACAGCUCUGUCUAUGAGCAGUCCUGUGAGGCCUACAAGCACGGAGGAAAUGCUUCAGGGUUUUACUAUAUAGAUGCAGAUGGAAGUGGCCCCCUGGGGCCGUUUCUUCUAUACUGCAACAUGACUGAAACGGCCUGGACCAUCAUACAACACAACGGCUCCGACUUAACAAGAGUCAGAAAUACUAAUCCAGAGAACCCGUACACUGGGGUUUUCGAGUAUGUGGCCAGCAUGGAGCAACUCCAGGCCACCAUUACCCGUGCGGAGCACUGCGAACAGGACCUCACUUACUACUGCAAGAAGUCACGGCUUGUCAGUAAGGAAGAUGGUGCCCCGCUGAGCUGGUGGAUUGGAAGAACCAAUGAAACACAGACUUACUGGGGAGGUCCUUUGCCUGAUUCUCAAAAAUGUACUUGUGGAUUAGAGGGAAAUUGCAUUGACUCUCAGUAUUACUGCAAUUGUGAUGCUGAUCUGAAUGAAUGGACCAAUGACACUGGAUUGCUCUCGUAUAAAGAACAUUUGCCAGUAACUAAAAUAGUGAUUUCAGACACAGGCCGACCACAUUCAGAAGCAGCUUAUAAACUGGGGCCUCUGCUGUGCCGGGGAGACAGAUUAUUUUGGAAUUCUGCUUCUUUUGAUACUGAGGCUUCGUACCUUCAUUUUCCUACUUUCCAUGGAGAACUUAGUGCGGAUGUAUCUUUCUUUUUUAAGACAACUGCUUCAUCUGGAGUAUUUUUGGAGAACCUGGGGAUUACUGAUUUCAUAAGGAUAGAACUACGUUCUCUGACAGUAGUGACUUUUUCAUUUGAUGUGGGGAAUGGGCCUUUUGAAAUCUCAGUCCAGUCACCGACUCACUUCAAUGACAAUCAGUGGCACCACGUGAGAGUUGAAAGGAACAUGAAGGAAGCUUCCCUGCAAGUGGAUCAGCUGCCACCGAAGACACAGCCUGCUCCUGCGGAUGGGCACAUGCUCUUGCAGCUCAACAGUCAGCUCUUUGUGGGUGGGACGGCCACCAGACAGAGGGGCUUUCUGGGCUGCAUUCGGGCUCUGCAAUUGAAUGGAAUGACCUUGGAUUUGGAAGAAAGAGCCCAGGUGACUCCAGAGGUGCAGCCAGGUUGUAGGGGACAUUGCAGCAGCUAUGGAAAGUUAUGCCGCAAUGGAGGGAAAUGCAGAGAAAGGCCCAGUGGGUUCCUCUGCGAUUGCACUUUCUCUGCAUACACAGGGCCAUUCUGCUCCAAUGAGAUUUCUGCCUAUUUUGAAUCUGGCUCAUCUGUGAUUUACAGUUUUCAAGAAAAUUAUUUUUUAAGUAAAAACUCCAGCUCCCACGCUGCUUCAUUUCAUGGUGAUAUGAAACAGAGCAGAGAAACGAUCAAAUUUAGCUUCCGAACAGCGCAGACACCAAGCUUGCUGCUUUUCCUGAGCUCUUCUUACAAAGAAUACCUUUCUGUUAUCAUUGCCAAAAAUGGAAGUUUGCAGAUACGGUACAAGCUAAAUAGAUAUCAAGAACCUGAUGUUGUUAACUUUGACUUUAAAAACAUGGCUGAUGGACAACUCCACCACGUAGAGAUAAACAGAGAAGGAGGAGUGGCCUUUGUAGAGAUUGAUGAGGAUACAAGGAGGCAAGUCCACCUGUCGUCAGGCAGAGAAUUCAGUGCAGUCAAAUUUCUGGUACUGGGCAGGAUUUUAGAACACAGUGACGUAGACCAGGAGACAGCGCUGGCCGGCACACAGGGCUUCACCGGCUGCCUCUCCGCAGUGCAGCUCAGUCACGUGGCCCCUCUGAAGGCUGCCCUGCACCCCAGCCACCCAGCCCCUGUCACUGUCACAGGACACGUGACCAAGUCCAGCUGUGUGGCCCAGGCUGGCACAGAUGCCACAUCGAGGGAAAGGCCACACUCAUUUGCAGAUCAUUCUGGAACAAUAGAUGACAAGGAGCCCCUAGCUAAUGCAAUCAAAAGUGACUCUGCAGUAAUUGGAGGUCUGAUAGCUGUUGUGAUCUUUAUCUUGCUCUGCAUCACUGCCAUAGCUGCUCGCAUUUAUCAGCAGAAAAGGUUAUACAAAAGAAAUGAGGCAAAAAGGUCAGAGAACGUAGACAGUGCCGAGGCUGUUUUGAAAAGUGAGCUUAAUAUGCAAAAUGCAGUGAAUGAAAAUCAGAAAGAGUUCUUCUUCUGAUUGGCAGCUCUGAUUUAACUUAUAAUCCUGACAGUUUGUUUUAAUAGCCAGGGGCUCUCAAUGGACACACACACACACACACACAAAGUUCGUAUACUGAAUGUACAGGAAACGGAUUUGCAGCACUGCCAUCUCGCCAUGUCCAGGCUCGGAAGGGCUCCAGGAAGCCUCAUCCGGUGACAUAUUUCUCAUAGCAGUCAUCCUGUGUGACAGAGAAUUAGAUAUUGCUGUUAAUUUCCACCUGUUCUGAUGUGACCUACCCAAAUUUAACUUGCUUACUGACUACAGUUUUUACGUGUGGAAACUGUAGCCCUGGUCUCUUACCCAUGUAGCGCGUACGUUUUGUUGGAGGUAACAAUCCAAUUUGGGGUGGUAAUGCCCUUGCUUUAUUGGAGAACAUAUGCCGUGUUUGCUUCAAUGCCCAGGGUGUUACUCACAGACCUGGAAAUGCUUCUCAGACCCCGUUUGGCCCACGUUCGCAUCUUCAGUGGCCACAAGUCUUUAAAGCCCCUUUGCCUUUCUCUGUGUGACGUUCAAUACAAUACAUCAAUAGUCUCGAAAAAAGUCUGGUCGUCCUUGGUUUGUUUGCAUUGCUCUUUUUCUAUUUGACUCUUAAUGAUUUUGAAUAUAUUUGGUUUUGAGUGUCAGCCUUCAAUUCUGAACAUUCAAUUCAAUGUAAGAAGACUCAGAAUGUGCGGUGUUUGUUAGUAUGUGAUGCCUUGCCUUUUAGGAGUUUGUGGUUUAAUCUGCUCUUAUUGUUUGAUGCUGGUGGUAGUUAAGACCCUGAGUAAUGCCCAUUUCCCAAAGAAACGUAAAAUGUUUUCAACGAAACUUGAUAUAAAAAAAUUCUUGACACAGCGAAAUAUUAUAUUUCAAUUAUAACUGUAAUACCUCAAAAUGAAAUAUACUUCUGAAGAUAUUUUCCCCAAACCCUAUGCCAAUUUUUUUUUUUUUUAUGGGUUUAUGUUUCUGUUUUUCUGAAGUUUAUCACCAACUUUGCUUUGAUCUCCCAUUACUAUUUUCCAUGGAGCAUCUUCUUAAGUUAGGAAAAAUAGAAACAAAUUGAUGUAUAGAUCUCUACUCCCCAUUCUAAAAUAUACCCUCCUUCAGGCAUACAUUUUGCUGUGCAUGAACUUUAAUGCACAUUUUUUGAAAUAUGAGCUACUACCAUGCUGCCUUUCUGCACAAACAGGAGAGUAAUGAAAGGAUGGUCCGUCUAAGGGGAGAUAGUAUGUUACGAGACCUACACUGAGUCUGUCGUUCUGGGCACUUCUCGUCUAGGAUGCUGGGGUUAAACCUCAUGCAUGUAACCCACUGACUAGUACAUUCUGAUUAGCAUGUGUGUGUGUGUAUACAGGGACAUAUAUAACUUAGAGAUCAAAGAAUUAUUAAUAACCUCAUGGAACUGCUAGAGUAAUUAAUUUUGAGGCCAUGUUGACAAGGGGCUUGGAUGGAACUAUCAGUGAAUUCCAUGAGCCAAUUGUAUAAUAAAGGCACUUUUCUAUCCACAUUCACCUUCAAGUGCCUCCCAAGAAAAAAUUGGAUUUCUUAGUUUGUCCACAGCAGAGCAAUUUGGAAAUAUGUAAAUUCAGCAUUAUUAUCAGUUCACUUCCCGUGUUUUCCUUGUUAACUCUCCUUAUAAAACUUGCCUGCCUUUUCUCAUAGUGCUAUAUCCAUAUUGAUGUUUCUGGUAAAUGUCUGAUCAAAUCCUAAGGACCUGAAUUAACAUAGCAGUUUAUGAAGUACCUAUGUUAGUAAACGGUAACUUUUUUUUUUUAAUUGGAGGACCUAUGGUUGUAAGGGAAAGAUUUAACACAGAAAUGUUGGUAUUUAUUUUCUACAAAGCUGAAUGCAAACGUCAUCAUGGCUCUGAAUCUACUGCAAGUGUUCAUCUUAUUUAGUAGCAAUAUUGACCUCAGUGGUAGCUGGAACGUAGACAGGUUUAGAGAUGGUGAAACCUCAUACUCCUGCUUGGUCUGCACUGCCGUAACUAUGAUUUCCUCGUUUGUAAUCUGUUCCUUCUUUUUUUUUUUUUUUUUUUUUAAAUAAAAUGCAUUUCUGAAAUAAAAUGUAGGAUAUAUUUUAGGAGGUAUUUGGUAUUUUGUAAAAAUUUACAAUUAGGAAAUUAUACUGGAUUUCUCUUUCUUAAAAUGGUAAAAAAUGUGUGGACGUAUGCCUUCCUUAUCGGUGUGUGUGUUAUUAAGCCCUUUAGUAGAUUCUGUAAUUAUUGUGAACUGUUAACAAAUGCCAAGCUAUCAUUUGUAUUUUCUUUUAAGUGGACCAAAAGAUGAGAGAAAAGUAGAAUCAUGUCUGUCAAUUAUACAAGUCAAGUCAAGUUACUCGCAAAGUUGCGUUUUGCUAGAGAACAAUGAUUUGGCUGUCUGCAGUGAUUUGUGGAAACGGGCAUGUAUUUAAAUCGGGUGAUGUUUUAUCUUUUUCUCUUUGUGUUCAGAGGGGUCAGCGAACAUCGUAUGAAUGCUCAGAUGUUAUAUUGACGUAUAUAGUGUACUCUUCUCAGAUUAAAGCUAAAAGCAAAAUCAUUUUUGUGAUUUAGAGUGAAAAAAUGAAAACCAUAUGCAUAUAAUUCACAUUCUCAUUUUGAGAAGACUGAACUUUCCUUUUCUCAUUUAACUGAAAUUUAAAAUACGUAAAUAGAGUGGAAUUAGUGUGGCGUUGAAAGCUCACCUGGAUGAAAUGAAGAUCAUCAGGGAGAAAUGGCCUCUUAAAUUUGUAGAAAUCACGCCUCUGAAAUGGCCCUUAUCCAUCCUAGGGGACUGUUCCAUAGUUAAAAAUCCUUCCUUAAAUGCUGCUCUGUAAAACACUUGUAAUGAAUUCUUUAGAUGUUAAGUUAGAAACAGCAGCUUCAAGCAACCAGACAACCAACUGAACAGAAGUCAGUGGUUUAAAAUGGCACUUUCAGUGGCUGGCAUUGUCCUUCGGAAUCGCAGCGCUCCCCGGGGCUGAGAGCGUCAACAUCUCUCAGUGUGAACAGGGCAGCGGUACAGUGCAGAGCCCCAGAUGCAGAUGUCUGAGUCAUGCUGCUGAGGGGACGUGCUGAAUCUGUGACCACAACCUUCCUUUCCCUCCACAUGCCCUGAAUCUCAGUGCUCUAAGACCUGGAAUUUCGGCAGUUGUUUAGUGGUGUAUAAAGAUCUGCAGGAUCUUGGUGUCCUUUUUGUUCACAGUGAUCUCUGAUUCCAGAUCUUAUCUGUUAUCUAUUAUGGAUGAACAUCAACCUUUAUUUUAUAGGCCAUGGCUAUCGGUAGCCUUGGUUUUUUUUCUAAAAAUGCUUAGUAAGUUCAUGGUCCUGACUCUGGAGUAAACAGUUAUAAAUGAAGCCCUUUAGCACAGGCUUUUGAAAUCUUCCAUAUGAGUUAGGUCUGAGUGAGUCAUGAAACAUUGUCCUCCUCACAGAAGGAUAAAUUAGGCACAUCCUAAAUCAAAUCGUGUUCAGUGAUUGUUUGACUUUCAAAUUCGUGCUAUCAACUAAAGGAUGAAUUUACUAGAUGCCUUCACUACUUCCUGGUUGUUUUCCUCUUCUCUGAAGUCUGGAUGAUAGAGAGUGGUAAUGUGGAGAAAUGUUCAGAAGCCAAGUGUCUGUGUGUUGGGGACAUGCAUGGGAGAUCACAUCAUGUCUGCACGGAAGAAUAAGAAGUGUCCACAGAAGGAACAGGGCACAGUUUGCACAGAACAUGGUCAGCAAGCUGGAUUUUGAGUGUAUCAAGAGAAUCCCUGGAGCUUGGUUUUGAUGAUUUGCAAAUAAAAAUUAAAUGUGAUAAAACCCAAAUCCAACCCAUAGUUACAAUGCAACCUUUUUCAAUAAUCUCUUUCUUCUAUUUUAAAAGUAUGCUUGAUUUUUAUUACAAAUAUGUGCACAUACACAAAAACCAAAUAGGUCAACAAAUCUUACAAAAAAAAAAAAUAGCUGUCCAUUGGCAGUACCGUGGCAAGACCCUGGUCCCAUGGCACAGCGCCCUGCCAGAGGGGCUCAAUAGACCCUCAGCAGGUUGCUGGCUGAUGGCCUGCAGGCAGCAGAGGCAGCCCAUACCUCAAACAAGUAAUGAUUCUAAUCGGAAUGAGUAUCAGUCCCUUUAAGGGUAGAAGGGAUCCGAUGUCGUCAACUUUCUGGGAAACUUGUCUCCUUAGUGGGGAAUCAUUUGGGAGAAUGAACACUGGUCUCUGUUGCUGGUCACUAGAACAUUCAGAAGUGGUUGUAGCUAGAUCAGUCGUGAUGGGUGGCAGCACACGCCGCCUCGCCGACGCACUGCUUCCCUCCCUGCCUUCCAGCCACUCCUUUCCUAUGCUCAUUGUCCCAGCACCUGGAUGGGAGUGAUUGAGGUUGGUUGAUAUCAACUAGCUAAGGCAUUCUGAUGACCUGGUUGUCUAGUGAUUCUUCCAUGGCAGCAUAUACUUUCUGGUAGGCAAAGACCUUCACAUUUCAUGCACACUCCGUAGGUCCAUCCACAUGCUUCUACCUUUGACCUCCUUGUCUCCAGUCUUCCAGAUCUCCUUCUAGGUCCUUGACUAACUGGCCAACCUACUGUCCAUAAAAGUGUUUGUGUGUGCAUGUGUGUGUGUGUACAGUCUUGGUCUCAACUAAACAACUCAGCCAUUGUAGCAUGAGAGAGCAUCUGUAGACAAUAAGUAAACAAAAUGAGCAUUGCUCUGUUCCAAUAAAACUUUAUUUACGAAACAGAUGAUGGGCUAGA